GGGCCGGGCGUCUCGGUCCCGCGCGCGCUCGUGGUCCGGGAGUCCGGGAGCCGAGCGAAGGAGGGAGCGGUGGAGCGCGGGCCGUCAGAGCCCUGUGCCCGCGCGGAGGUGAUGAAGCUGGCCGCGCGCUGACACCGCCGCACCCAGCCGCCGGGAAGCAGGCGCCUCGGGCCGCGACCUUGAGGAGGAGGGUAGACUGAUAAUUCCUGUAUCUGAGAGUGGACCACGGGUGUGUGGUGACAUGGCCCAGGGGAAUAAUUAUGGACAGACCAGCAAUGGGGUGGCAGAUGAAUCACCCAACAUGCUGGUGUACAGAAAGAUGGAAGACGUCAUAGCACGCAUGCAAGAUGAAAAAAAUGGAAUUCCUAUUCGUACUGUCAAAAGUUUCCUCUCCAAGAUACCUAGUGUCUUCUCUGGGUCAGAUAUCGUUCAAUGGUUAAUAAAGAACUUAACCAUAGAAGAUCCAGUGGAGGCACUCCAUUUGGGAACGCUAAUGGCUGCCCACGGCUACUUCUUUCCAAUCUCGGAUCAUGUCCUGACACUCAAGGAUGAUGGCACCUUUUACCGGUUCCAAACACCCUAUUUUUGGCCAUCAAAUUGUUGGGAGCCGGAGAACACAGACUAUGCGGUUUACCUCUGCAAAAGAACAAUGCAAAACAAAGCAAGGCUGGAGCUGGCCGACUAUGAAGCUGAGAGCUUGGCCAGGCUACAGAGAGCAUUUGCCCGGAAGUGGGAGUUCAUUUUUAUGCAAGCAGAAGCACAAGCAAAAGUGGACAAGAAGAGAGACAAGAUUGAAAGGAAGAUCCUUGAUAGUCAAGAGAGAGCCUUCUGGGAUGUACACAGACCUGUGCCUGGAUGUGUAAAUACCACUGAAGUGGACAUUAAGAAGUCAUCCAGAAUGAGAAAUCCACAUAAAACACGAAAGUCUGUCUAUGGUCUACAAAAUGAUAUUAGAAGUCACAGUCCUACCCACACACCCACACCAGAAACUAAACCUCCAACAGAAGAUGAGUUACAACAACAGAUAAAGUAUUGGCAAAUACAGUUAGAUAGACAUCGGUUAAAAAUGUCAAAAGUUGCUGAUAGUCUGCUAAGUUACACAGAACAGUAUGUAGAAUAUGACCCGUUUCUUGUGCCACCUGACCCUUCUAACCCAUGGUUGUCUGAUGAUACUACCUUCUGGGAACUUGAAGCAAGCAAAGAACCAAGUCAGCAGAGGGUAAAACGAUGGGGUUUUGGCAUGGAUGAAGCAUUGAAAGAUCCAGUCGGGAGAGAACAAUUCCUUAAAUUUCUAGAGUCAGAAUUCAGCUCAGAAAACUUAAGAUUCUGGCUAGCAGUGGAGGACCUGAAGAAAAGGCCUAUUAGAGAAGUUCCCUCUCGAGUUCAGGAAAUAUGGCAAGAAUUUCUGGCUCCAGGAGCCCCCAGUGCUAUUAACUUGGAUUCUAAGAGCUAUGACAAAACCACACAGAAUGUGAAGGAGCCUGGACGAUACACUUUCGAAGAUGCUCAGGAGCACAUUUACAAACUGAUGAAAAGUGAUUCAUACCCACGUUUUAUAAGAUCCAGUGCCUAUCAGGAACUUCUACAGGCAAAGAAAAAGGGCAGAAACAUCCCUAUUUUCCCAUGCCAUAAAAACUGUACACCAACACUGAGGGCCAGCACUAACCUGUUAUGAAAAGAGGGGAAAUCUCUCACGUCAAAGAGGUUAACAAGCCUCGUUCAGUCUUAUUAAAAGGAUCAUCUUGUAGCAUGAAAGCGAACUGGAGUCACUGCAUAUACUUUGUAGUUCUUUGUUGUUACCUGGAGCAGAGGACAUUAGACCAAGAUGUUGCAUGAGCAAAGGACCUGAAUUGUUCUUUCUUUGUGUACAUUAAGGCACUGCCAUCUCCAAGGGACUCUACCAUCUUGACACCUCCAUUUCAGAAUGUCUGCUAACUUCUUCCUUGUACUAAGCUGGAUCUGUGUCUUUUCCUUUUUAACAGUUCAAGUGAAGUAAACCUUUUGUUUUCCCCCUUUCUCUCUCUCUUAAACCUUCUUCUAGACACACAGGUCACUAAAAAUUCAGUCACAACCUGGAAGAAUCGUAAAAGGAAAAAAGCAUAUAUCAAGAAGUAUACAUACAGCUUCACAUUUAUUAAAUAAUAAAUUAGCAGAGAAAGUUUCAUUUCACCAAUGUAUCACAGUCAGAAACAAACUUACGUCUUUGUCUGUUGUCUGUACAUUCUUGGUUAAUGUUUCUUGCAUUUAUUUUUAUACCAUAUUUAAAUAAGAGACACCUUUUACUCCAGAUGUAUCAAAGUUGAUCUCUUCUCUGUAAAUUUGUGUAUGUUUAUAUUGUUGUUUUAUCUUUCAUUAAAAGAUGCGUAAUCUC